GUGUGUGACAGGAGCGAAUGACGUGAACGCGGAACUUCCAUGCUUCAGGAAAUCGAGGGUUUGGAACUCUGAAGUCCCACUCCUUAAUUAAAGUGAUUAACAAUUAUAACUCAAAACUCGGUCGUGGGGCCGCAUUGGACUGGCCUUCAGAGGCCCCCGCAAAUUUGAAACAAAAAAAUAAGUCCCACUCCCAUCAGGCCAUGUCCGUCGUGCUCGUGCAGUUGCAUUUUCGUGCAUCUUGUGACUUGUAUAUAUUGCUUCUUUGAGCCGUGAGGUACAUGGGAAUGGGACGACUCCACAUUCUCAAAAAACGGAUCAACCACCACUCCACCAGCAAAUGUGUUUAUUAGUCAAAUUAUUAAUUGUAAAUCAAAUAAAUGGGUUGGUUCAGUUCAUUUUUCAUAGAGGAUUUUGAUAUUCCAAUCGAUACAAUUUCCAAGGAUGGAAGUGUUGAAACACCUCCAAAACCUGUUGGCAUUGAUGGCAUCAAAGCAAUGUUAUCACAUGACCCAAUAGGAGGUCCUAGUCCUCAACUGACUAUUAUUAAGGAGGUGACAUUCAUGGGAGGUUUCUACGCAGCAUUGUUUGGCGGUGUAACUCAUGCUCAGGAUGCUUACAUUAGGUUUUUAAGGACAAAUCAGGCAACACCAUUUGAAAAUCCACACACAGCCAGGCGCUUGAUGUAUGAUCGGGUGAUGAUUGGGUUUUGCAAAGGUGCUUGGAUGCACAGCUGGCGAAUUAUGGUCUUCUCUUCCAGCUUCUUGUUCAUUAGCUGUGCCAUACCUGCCUACCGAGGAAAACACAGUAUCUUUGACUUAACAGCUGGAUCUGCGAUGGCUGGGAUGUUGUACAAGUUCAAGCACGGACCCAAGCCAAUGGUCGCAGGUGCCCUGUUGGGGGCUUUGCUGGGCACCCAAGCCUCCCUCCUUGCUGCUGGGCUGCUAUCAUUGGCAGGCCUGACGUUGGAUGACAUCUACGAUAUGAAGCGCCAGGCUACCAUACGUUCCCUGCAGGCGCGACAUCAGCGCAUAGAAAAGCUGCGCGAGGACAAACUGACGUCUCCAUCCGACAUUAAAUCCUGAUGAUAAGCUUAAUUUCCAGUGUUUUAAGUGGAUCCAACUACCAUGAAAGGUUCAAUAUUGGGUAACUCAUUCCUAAUAAAUGAAAGAGGAAAAAAGCUUUCUGGAAAGUUACUAUUUUUUUUUCUGGGAUGUCAAACCUCUGAUCUGUUAGUAGGAUGUUACAACGUUUGACUUGUUCAAAGUGUCUCUUGCAUUCUAGUUUCGUGGCUCUUUAAAAGUCAUUGAGAAUAAAACUUGCAAAGAGCAUCUUUGUUCAUCUUUGAUGGUGUAUUUGCGUUCGGCGAGCGUUUCCAAUGAUUGCUUGAAAAAAUUCAUGGGCAUCGUGAAAAUUGGCUCGACCCUGAGCUAGAUUCGAUAGCGACUCGAAAUCCAAGAAACCAAGCAUUUAAAUUUCGACUAUUACCAUACUCAUGAUAACUAAUGAAAACGUGAAAGAAAUGAGUGCAUUCCUGUGAUGUCAAGUUUUGAUUCCGUUACGGUUGAAGUCAAUGUACAUUUGUAAUUUACGGUUGGUAAUGUUAUUAAUCUUA